ACAGCGCGGGCCGCAGGUACGAGCGAGCGGAGAGGAGCAGAGCGGCCGGGCCGGCGCGGCCAUGGGGAAGGUGCAGCUCUUCGAGAUCCGCCUGGGUGACAGCCGCGUCGUCUACAGCCCCGGCGAGCCGCUGGCCGGCACCGUCACCGUGCGGCUCUCGGGCUCGCUGCAGUACCGAGCCAUCAAGGUGAGCUGCAUUGGAUCCUGUGGGGUGUCCAACAAGAUCAAUGACACAGCCUGGACUGUGGAGGAGCAGUACUUCAACAGCACGCUGUCCCUGGCAGACAAAGGGGUCCUGACAGCUGGAGAGCACAACUUUCCCUUCCAGUUCCUGCUGCCAGCUUCUGCUCCUACAUCAUUUGAAGGCCCUUUUGGCAAGGUCCUGCAUCAGGUGAAAGCUGUGAUAGACACACCUCGCUUCUCCAAGGACUACAAAUGCAACAAGAUCUUCUACGUUCUCUGCCCUCUCAACCUGAAUGACAUCCCUGACAUUGAGCAGCCCAACACCAUGUCCAUUACCAAGAAGUUCAACUACAAGCUUGUGAAAAGUGGCAACAUCGUCCUGACAGCCACGUCUGACCUGAAGGGCUACAUCGUGGGCCAGGCCAUCCAGCUCCGCACUGACAUCGAGAACAAGUCCGGCCGCGACACCGGCGCUGUGGUGGCCAGUCUGCUCCAGAAAGUGGCCUACAAAUCCAAGCGCUGGAUCUACGACCUGAGGACCAUCGCCGAGGUGGAAGGCUCAGGGGUGAAAGCCUGGAAACAUGCAGAAUGGAAGGAGCAGAUCCUGGUUCCAGCACUGCCCCAGUCCAUUCUGCAGGGCUGCAGCCUCAUCCAUAUUGACUACUACAUCCAGGUUUCCCUCAAGUCUCCAGAGGUUUCUGUCACUCUCCCCAUCUACAUUGGAAACAUUGCUGUGAACAGGGUCCCGCUGAGCCCCUCCCGCUCCAUCCAGCACAUCCCAUCUGUGGUGGUCCCCAGUGCCCCCCCAGAGGAAGAGGAGGCUGCCAGUGGCUAUCACCCCAUGGACAAUGUCUCCAUCCCCACCAAAAGCCAUUCCCAGCAGCAGCCCUUCAGCUACGCCCCAGGACUGAGCUUCCAGGAGAUUCGGGCGGACUCGGAGCAGACGGGCUCCCCAAACCACCCCACCCUCUGCCUGUCCACGGGAGCCACUGUCCCCUACUAUGCUGAGGGCAACGUGGUGCCUGUCCCCACAGCCAGCUCUCUCAUCCUGCCCCCAGAGUACAGCACGUGGGGAUACCCCUAUGAGGCACCUCCAUCCUACGAGCAGAGCUGCAGCAGUGCCAACUCCAGCAUCAGCAAUGGCAAUUAGCCCUCCCCUGCUCUGACUCCGCUGGCACUGCCCACCCUGGCACCACGGGGCACCCGCCUGUGGCACAGUCUGGUACAGCACAAGGCGUCUUCUUGUCUCUCUGGCUGCUUUGGGGGGGAGCUGCCACAUCCCAGCCUGGGCUUCUGAAGUCUCUUUCUAGGGAGGGGGUAAAAAAACCAAAAAGGGCAGCCAGAGCAGCCUGCAUGUGUGUAGGAGAGGUCAGGGAACCUGAACAGUCUCCUGCUGCUGCUGGAGAGCUGGAUGUGGCCCUGGAGCUCCCCUUGGAGCUCCUCCAAGUGCUGGGGAGCUUGAUGUGGCCCUGGGCCAGCCUGUUCCAGUACUGUAGUCAACACUAACUGCUUUACUAUCAAAGCACCUGCGAUGCCUUAUCUUAAACACUCCUGACUCUGCACAGCCCCACUCUGAGGGAGGGCUGGGCUGUGUGGGCUUGCUCUCCUCUUUCAGGGGCUGUGUGCUCUCCACAAAUGGUUUUGACAGCCCUUCCUCCUUGUCCUCAGAGGUCCUAAGGAUAGCAGGAGGUUUCUUGGAGUAAGCAGGUUCGGAAGGUCAGGGACUUUAGAAAAGCCAAAAGCACAAACCCUCACUGUACCUGAGCUGUGGGGGGAGUGAUGGCAGUGUCAGUGGCCAUGGGCACAGUGGGGCUCGUGGGGACACUUGCUGAUAAGCCCUGGUGAGCUCUGGGGAAGAUCCUGGUGUGGGAUGGGGUGUCCUUCUCCCUCCCCACAGAGCCCUGUGGGACACAGCCUGCCCUUGCUCACUGCUGGGCCCUGGCACACAGGACAGCAGCACUGCUCACUCUGGAGCAGGGGGACCACAUCUGUGUCCCUGCAGGGUGCCCUCUCCUCCCUGGCUGCAGCUGAGUGACCAUCAAUCACAAAAGUCUGUCUGAUGCUACCUCUGAGCCUGCCCAGGGGCCCUGCCCGUGGGAUCCCUCCCCUGUCUGUGGGGCUGUCCCUGGGAGUGGCUGUCCCUGCCAGGGCCCUGUGGUGGCCCUGGUUUGCUGUGUGCCCCCUGGGCCUGAGCAGAAUGUGACAAUGAACACAGCCCGUGGGGAGCUGCAGCCUCUGCUGCACCUGGCACCUGGGGGAACGAGCUGGGUUUUCUUGCAAUUUUUCUUUUGGGCUUUUUCCCCUCACACACCUUGUUUAGCUCAUUCAGCACUGACUGCCCAAGCUGAGGAAACCACAACCACAUCCCUCAGAGCCACAGGUGCCCAGCCAGGCUGGAGUUGUGGCCUCCAGACCUUUGGCACCUCAGAGCUCAUCCCCACACGGCCCCAGGCUGGGCAGGCAAUACCUGACAGACCUUUAGGAGCAUUUCCAGCUGCUGCCUCCGUGCUCAGCCACCUCUGCACACCCUUCAGGCAGCUGGGACAGGCCCUGCUUUGCACUCUUUCUUUGCAAAUGCUUUUUUGUUUUAUUUUUUUUUUUAAGCAUUGAACUGCUUUAAGGGUAGUGUAGCAAAGGUGCCGUUCUGAGCAGUGCUGGCACAAGAUGCACCAAUGAUGAUAGAGUGAUUGUCAUUGUCCCUGAAUAUAUAUAAAUAUAUAUAUAUAUAUAUAUAUAUAUGAGAUGAAGUUGUUUUUAAUGAUUGAAUUCAGAAAUACAAAUUUUAAUGCUGUAUUUAAUAAAUUAUUCUAUGAGAAAUGCUGUGCUUUUUCAUCCAUUUCUGAUGCUGAUCCAUGUGCCUGUUCAUGCCAAAUCAGGAAUGCACCUUGCUGAUUUCUUACAAAAUGAAGUUUUUUUUUUGCUCUCAUCAGGAAGGGUGGUGAACUCUGCCAAGGCAGCUUGGGGAAAACAAACACGGUGUGGCCUGACCACAGGGCCAGGCUCAAAAUUCCCCAUGGCUGGAGGGAAUUUGGCACCACAGGCUUGGCUCUGGAGAGAGCAGCCACUGCAGCACUGCUGCUUCCCAGGCCCCGUGUCCCAAAGCCAGGAUUUGUCCAAGUGGCCCAGGAGUCCUGGGCAGUGCUCACUGCUGGAGGGGAGGAGGGGGAGAGCAGCCUCUGCCUUUGGGAGGAUGGAGAUGGCAUAGCCAAGGUCUGGCUGGAAGGGCUGCACACCACCAGCCCCAGCUCCUAAAGAGCCAUUUGGGAUAAACUUAUGGAAAGUGGAAGAAGGCUCCUCCCCACAAUCCCACUUUGGUCAUCCCAUGGCUGAAACAUGCAGGUGUUGUCUCAAUGUUGUCACUGCAGGUAGCCUGGGGUGUGAUCUGUGUCUCAGACACAAAGAUCCUUCUUCAUUCUCUUCUCAGCUUAUGCUUCUGCCCAGCUUCCAUGCUUCAGACUCUCCUUUGCUGGGUGGUCCAGCCUGCCAUGAGCAUCAUUCUUCAUCCCCAAUGGGCCGAAGGCAGGGACAGCUCUUCCUCAGUGCUCUUCCUCUUCCUCCCACUUGGCUGAACCAGUCUUGCCUGGCUCAGUCUGCGGCUCCAUGGCCUUCCUUGCUGUUGGCUGUGCAAAUCCUUCAACCCAAAUCCCUUCCACACCCCUGGAAAAAUUCCUGUGAGCUGUGAAUGUUUCUGGACCUGCUGGGUUGGGCUGCAGGCUCCUGACCCAGGCAGGCUCAGGGAGAGGCAGGAAGGGCUGGGAGCAGGCCUGGUCUCCCAGCUCCUCCAUCCCUGGGGCUGAGCUGCUGCUGAUGUGUCCAGCCCGUGUUCCUUGGCUGGAAAAUGGGAUUGCUGUUUGGUUGCUGUGGCCAGAGCCACUGGGCUGUUUUUCCAGACUCCCAGCCAGCAGCUGUCCUCCUUGUUCCACCUUUGGGAAUGUUCCACCUUUGUUUUGGGAAUCUUCUUGUUCCACCUUUGUUUGGGAUUGUUCCACCUUUGUU